CCAGAGAGGAUUUCUUACAGUUUUCAGAGAAACAGAAACUCAACUCUCUGUCCGUGUGAGAGGCAGAAUGGCUGAAGCCAGUGUCUCAGUGGAUCAAGACCAGUUCAGCUGUUCGAUCUGUCUGGAUCUACUGAAGAAUCCAGCGACUAUUCCCUGUGGACACAGUUACUGUUUGGGCUGUAUUAAGGGCUGCUGGGAUCAGGAUAAUCAUACUGGUGUCUUCAGCUGUCCCCAGUGCAGAGAGACUUUCUUCCCAAGGCCUGUUUUAAGAAAAAACACCAUACUGGCUGACGUGGUGGAGAAACUGAAGAAGACAGGAUUCCAAGCUGCUCCUCCUGCUCACUGCUAUGCUGGACCUGGAGAUAGGGUGUGCAAUGUCUGCGCUGGGAGAAAGCGCAAAGCCGUUAAAUCCUGUCUGAUGUGUCUGGCCUCUUACUGUGAAACUCACCUCCAGCCUCACUAUGAAUCUCCUGCCUUUAAGAAGCACAAACUGGUCAAAGCCACUGGAAACCUGCAGGAGAAGAUCUGUUCUCAUCAUGACAGACUGCUGGAAGUUUACUGUCGUUCCGAUCAGCAGUGUAUCUGUCUGCUGUGUACGAUGGAUGAACACAGAGGCUGUGAUACAGUCUCAGCUGCAGCAGAAUGGACAGAGAAACAGAAGCAGCUGGGGGAAACACAGAGUAAGUUCCAGCAGAGAAUCCAGGAGAGAGAGAAGGAGCUGCAGGAUCUGAGGCAGGCCGUGCAGUCAGUCAAGCGCUCUGCACAGGCUGCAGUGGACGACAAUGAGAGGAUCUUUACUGAGAUGAUCCGCUCCAUUGAGAGAAGGUGCUCUGAGGUGAAACAGCUGAUCAGAGAUCAGGAGAAGGCUGAAGUGAGUCGGGCUGAAGGACUCCUGGAGCAACUGGAGCAGGAGAUUGCUGAGCUGAGGAGGAGAGAUGCUGAGCUGGAGCAGCUUUCACACACAGAGGACCACAUCCAUUUCCUCCAGAGCUGUCCGUCUCUCUGUGUACCUCCUGGACCUGGAGAAUUACCCAGCAUCACUGUCAGUCCACAUGUGUCUUUUGAGGCUGUGAGGAAAUCUGUCUCUGAACUGAAGGAGCGACUGGAGGACAUCUGCAAGGGGGAACUGGUCAAAAUUCCUCCACCAGUGAAAAACAUCCCUACUGUAGAGCCCAGGACCAGAGAGGAUUUCUUACAGUAUUCCUGUCAGCUCAAACUGGACCCCAACACAGCGUAUAAAAACCUGCGUCUGUCUGAGGGUAACAGAGUGGUGACCCAUGUGAGAGAGAUCCAGUCAUAUCCUGAUCAUCCAGAGAGAUUUAAUGGCGUGACACAAGUCUUGUGUAGAGAGGGUCUGUCUGGACGCUGUUACUGGGAGGCUGAGUGGAGUGGGAAUAGGGUUUGUAUAGCCGUGUCAUAUAAACACAUCAGCAGGAAAGAACGAAGGGGUCAUCAGUGUGCUCUGGGAAAUAAUAACCUGUCCUGGGGUUUGUACCCCGCUGGCUCCAGUUACAUUUUCAGGCACAAUAAUGUCAGCAUUGAAAUCCCUGUUCCCUCCUCCUCCAGAAUAGGAGUGUACCUGGAUCACAGGGCAGGAACUCUGUCCUUCUACAGCGUCUCUGACACAAUGACCCUCCUGCACAGAGUCCAGACCACAUUCACUGAGCCCCUCUAUCCUGGGUUCUGGGUUUAUUUAGAUAAUUUUGUAAAACUGUGUGAUCUUUGAUGAGACCAGCUGUAACCAGAGUGAGAGAAACACUGCAGGGGGAAAGAGAGGAGAAGUAAAUACGUCAUAAAAGAUUUAGGGUCUGAUGAGGUGCACACCUCUACACCUCUACCACACUGGGGUCAGAGGAGCACAUUUUACACAGUUCUACACCUCUACCACACUGGGGUCAGAGGAGCACAUUUUACACAGUUCUGAGCAAAAUUGUAAAUUGGGAAAUUGUAUAUUAUGGGGAUUAUAAUAUGAUUAAAUAGUGAAAAACAGGUGGAACAUCUUUUUCUGUCAAAAGGAUUACCUGCACAGUCCGUUUAAUAAAAAUGUGAGCUGAAUUCUGAACACUCAUUAACCCAGUGGACUGCAAGAGGCCUUCAAUUCAGUCCUCCAUCCUGACAUGGAGAAAAAGAUCAAAAUAAUGGAUCAGAAACUGAACAGAGAUAAAGCUGGAAUAAGACAAGAAAUAUGUGGGUGUGGAAAAUGGUAUUAUCUGCUUUUAUUUCUGCUUCUUCCACACAAGACUUAUAAUGCUUUGUAAUAAUCACACUGUUGACAGAAAGUCAUUCUGUAGUUUAUGUUCACGUGUCUUUGUACCAAUGUGGGGUUGGCAGGCCUGAAUGGGAGGGGUUAUUGUCUUUACUGUAAGAAGCUGAUUUCAGUACAAAAUGGAAGUGCCUUUAGAUUUAUCAUUACAAUUCCAAAAACAUGUAUCCUAUAUAUUUUUUGAGCAAGUUAUUUCUGAUUCUAUAUAAAAAUCUUCAAUAAAAACUGAAUUCACUAA